GUGGAUAGCAACAUUAAAGAGGCUGAGCAGAGUCACGAUCUUGAAUGUGAAACAGAAGGAUAUAAAUAUUUUGACUAGAUGAUAGGAAAGAUCAAAGUACUGAUAGGCAGUUAGUUAGUUGGAGUGUGAGUAAGAGAAACAGAAGAUGGAAUAUGGGGCUUUCAGGGCCUACAAGAUCUACAUCUCCAGGGCAUCCGAUUGAGCUGUGCAGAGAGGAUGGAUCCAUCGGCCAGGCUGCAUUCAAUUGCCCAUUGUUGCCCAUUGGGAUGAUUUUAAUUAUUAUUAUCCGUAGCAUGACACAGUCUUUAUUGUGUCAAAAGAGAGAGAGGGGGAGAGAGACAAGGUCAUGGCAGAGUUAAAAAUAAAAACAGGAUUAGAA